UAGCGACAAACUUGGCAUCCGCAUCAAACACGCGCACAGGCACCGCGAGCGAGCGAGCGAGCAGGCCUGCUCUUUGGUUCGUGUGGGAGGGUGAACAUGGUUGGAAACUGGACUAGUUAAAAUUGACAGACACGUUUUUUUUCAGGAAAUAGGAGGAGGGUGGAGGUGAUAUAUGCGACAGACGCUCCAAGCAGUUAGCUUGAACCUGUCUUCAACGUUUGACUGAAGAGCCGCGGUGUGGACGUCGAUAUGUGGGAACAGGAGGAAUUCGCUAAACACUGGAGGACUGAAUUCCCCGACGGAGAAGUGCCGCAAAUGGCCCUGAAAUCCGUGGAGGACAUCGAAUCCGAGCUGGAGGUGUGCAAAGCCAAGCUGAAGCGGCUCCAGCAGGCGCUGGCGGAGGAGAAGUUCAAGGUGAUCUACCUGGAGACCACCGUGGCGCGACAGAAGCGCAGCUGCGGAGGCAGAGAGGAAAACUUGUCCAAAACGGGACAGGUCCGGAAACCGCAGCGGCCGGAAGAUGGUGGCGACGCGGAGAGGACCAAGGUGCCCGACGCGGGAGGCGCGAAGCCGCACAUGGCAGGUAACCCGGCGUGGGUCGCCAGCCCCUUCGGCCGCGAGCAGCGCAGGUUUACCGGCAGAACAGGUAAGCCCGUCCCCAUCCCCGUCCCGCCACGGAAAGUCACCCCCCAGAGACCCGACCCGGCGCCCGUCACCGCGCCUCAGCCCCACGACGCCGAGGAGAGCAGCGAUCGCGAGUACGAGGACGCGGAGCUGAAUGAGAAUUUCGUCAAGAAUAACCUGCUGGCGCCAAAGAGCGCGUGGGACCCGCGGCGGCCAUGCUGUCACAGCAGGGACUUUGACUUUGGCGACGACGGCAGGUUGUCGCCGUCGUUCCCGCACAUUCACCGCACAGCCUCCCACUGCUCCGGGUUCAGCACCCCCGACAGGAGGAGUGACGGCUACCUGAGCUCCGACCAUGAAGACUCCUCCUCAGACUUUAACUACAACACAGAUGGCUACGAGGGCGACGGAGCAGAGGACGUCAAGUCCCAGGAUGGCUCUGAGACGCUGCCCUACAUCGACGAGUCGCCCACCAUGUCGCCCCAGCUGUGCAUGCCUCAGGGGCCCGACGGAGAAACUGUGUCCCCCACGCCACCAGAGGGCCUGCUGCCUGGGGGAGACAUUGAGAAAGGGCUGGAGAUGAAGAAACUAGUGCUGUCUGGCUUCUUAGCCAGUGAGGAGAUCUACCUGAACCAGGUGGAGGCCCUGCUACUGCCUAUUCGUCCGUUGAAAGCCACAGUGCCAACGUCCCAGCCCGUCCUCAGCAUGCCGCAGAUAGAAACCAUCUUCUACAAAAUCCAGGAUAUCUUUGAGAUCCACAAGGAAUUCUAUGACGCGCUCCUACCCAACAUCCAGCAGUGGGAUGAGAAGGUCACUGUGGGGCAUUUGUUCCAGAAGCUGGCCAGCCAGCUGGGAGUGUACAAGGCUUUUGUCGACAACUACAAGGUGGCGCUGGAGACGGCAGAGAAGUGCAGCCAGGCCAACAGUCAGUUCCAGAAGAUAUCCGAGAACCUCAAAGUGAAAGGCCCCAAAGACUCCAAGGACUGUACCACCACUGUCUCCCUGGAGGCUCUCCUUUACAAGCCGAUCGACCGUGUCACCAGAAGCACCCUGGUCCUUCAUGACUUGUUGAAACACACUCCCAAGGACCACCCAGACUUCCCUCUACUCCAGGAUGCUCUGCGGAUAUCUCAAAACUUUCUCUCCUCUAUCAACGAGGAAAUUGACCCUCGGAGGACUGCUGUAACCACUCCUAAGGGAGAGGCUCGUCAGCUGGUGAAGGAUGGUUUCCUGGUGGAGGUUUCAGAAAGCUCCAGAAAGCUACGGCACGUCUUCCUCUUCACCGAUCUGCUGCUUUGUGCUAAGCUCAAGAAGACUGCUGUGGGUCGUCAUCAACAAUAUGAGUGCAAGUGGUACAUCCCUUUGGCUGAUUUGACUUUCCAAACCCUGGACGAUUGCGACACCUGUCCCAGCAUCCAGGUCCUGCCAGAACAUGAGAUCGAAGAGAUGAAAAUCAAGAUCUCAGUCACAAAGAGUGAGAUACAGAAAGAGAAGAAAGCACCAAAGGGUCAGAGUCGUGUUGAGCGUCUGAGGAAGAAAAUGAAUGAGCAGGAGUCCUGGCUGCUCCUACACUCUCCUACCAUCCCCUUCCGCAUCCACAACAAACAUGGAAAGAGCUUCCUGUUUCUGCUGUCCUCUGACUAUGAGAGGUCUGAGUGGAGGGAAAGCAUCCAGAAACUUCAAAAGAAAGAUCUCCAGGCAUGUGUGUUAAGUUCUGUUGAGCUCCAAGUCCUGACAAGCUCUUGUUUCAAACUCCGAACUGUCCACAAUAUUCCCGUCACCAGUAACAAAGAUGAUGAAGAGAGCCCCGGCCUGUACGGCUUUCUGCAUGUGAUCGUUCACUCUGCCAAAGGAUUCAAGGAGUCAGCCAAUCUAUACUGCACCCUUGAAGUGGACUCCUACGGAUACUUUGUCAGCAAGGCCAAGACCCGAGUCUUCAGAGACACCACAGAGCCACAGUGGAAUGAAGAGUUUGAGAUCGAGCUAGAGGGCUCCCAGUACCUGCGGAUCCUGUGUUACGAGAAGUGUUACGACAAAAGCAUGCUCAACAAGGACGACAACGAGAUAGUGGACAAGAUCAUGGGGAAAGGCCAGGUCCAGCUGGAUCCGCAGACGGUGCAAUCCAAAAACUGGCACAUGGACGUCAUAGAGAUGAAUGGGAUCAAAGUGGAAUUCUCCAUGAAGUUUACAAGCCGGGACCUUAGCUUAAAGAGAACACCCUCCAAAAAGCAGAGUGGGGUGUUUGGAGUCAAGAUCAACGUGGUGACAAAGCGUGAACGCUCCAAGGUGCCUUACAUCGUCCGUCAGUGCAUUGAGGAGGUGGAGAAGAGGGGCAUCGACGAAGUGGGAAUCUACAGGAUCUCAGGGGUGGCCACCGAUAUCCAGGCCCUCAAAACAGCGUUUGACACCAAUACCAAAGAUAUCCUGGUGAUGCUCAGCGACAUGGACAUCAACGCCAUUGCAGGGACGUUGAAGCUGUAUUUCAGGGAGCUGCCGGAGCCUCUGCUAACCGACCGCCUCUACCCUGCCUUUAUGGAGGGCAUAGCGCUCUCUGACCCAGCAGCCAAGGAGAACUGUAUGAUGCACCUCCUACGCUCCCUGCCUGACCCCAACCUCAUGACCUUCCUCACCCUGCUGGAGCACCUCAAACGCAGGGUGGCUGAGAAGGAGCCCAUCAAUAAGAUGUCCCUCCAUAACCUGGCCACCGUGUUUGGCCCCACUCUGCUCAGGCCCUCAGAAUCAGAGAGUGCCAAGGGACAGCACAUCACCUCGGCUUCUGACAUCUGGUCACAUGACGUCAUGGCACAGGUCCAAGUGCUGCUCUACUACCUGCAGCAUCCUCCCAUCUCCUUCGCCGAGCUGAAGCGCAACACGCUCUACUUCUCCACUGACGUUUAAUCCCCCGCGUCUCUCUGGGUGGCACCUGGAGAAGAGGGAGCGAGAGACUCUAUUGACACCUUGGUCCCUGCCUCUCGGUCCUCCCGCCUCACCUCUCCUCCCAGCAGGCAGCUCAUCUCCACUGUACAGCCCCCACUUCUGUUUACAUCCCCUUUUCCUGAACAGAGAUGGAGCUGAACAUACAGGGAGGUGGUGGAGGAGCUUCCUGGUCGCCUGGUAGUCACGUGUCAUUUCCCGUUUGUAACAUGACAGGAGCAAAGGGGCCACGCGUCUUUUAGUAACACCAUGAGGCAUUCUGGGAUCACAGUGGCAUAAAAGGGCUCCAGGAACCACGGCCUGACACAGUGGAACAUGAUGGUGCCCAGUGGCGCGUGGUGCUGAUCUCGAGCCCCGUCCAGACACUGGUUUAAAGAUCUCUAAAACAGGCGGACUCAACUUCUGAUCAGAGGCAUUCCAGAAAAAUGGCAUUUAUAUGUUUUAUAAUACUAUUCAGAAGCUUUGUUUCCUCUUUUUGUCUGUUUUGCUUUGUGCAUGUGGUGGAGGAGGCUGAGGGUGAGUGACGGCGUGCGUGAGUGAGAGAGACGGAGAGCGUGUGUCUGUUUAGGGACUAUAAGAACUUGUGUGGUUGGGAAGUCAUGGUAAUAAAUGGCUGGCAGUGACUCUGUACAGACAAAUGAGAUGAAACUGCCCUCCUCUGGGUCUCAGCCGAGUUAGCCCUAUUUAUUUAAAAUAUAAGUCAUACUGUAUGUGUGCCUGUACAGUUCUGUGCAACUAGAGAAACGGUUUAUUCAGGUAGUGAUGUUAUUUUAGUCUGAUUUUCUCAUUCACCCUGUCUGUGGUUGGUAAGCUGUAAAGAUCACCACCAAGUUUGCCCGUUCCUUUCAGAGCACGUAGAGAGGAAAGGACGGAAACAAGCCCACAAUGAACGUCCCAUUUAGCUUUUUUCUUGUUAUUGCAUUGCAAGCUUGUUCCAAGCGUCUUACUGCACCGGUAUAACCUAUAGGAUGAUUUGUGUAGUUCCCCUCAUUGCAUGUUCAGCUUGUCAAUCAAACCAGGCUGGCUAACACAAAGGUAGGUUGUCUCGCUCCCAUCGCUGCUCUGUACAAAGCCCACCUUUCUGCUAUCAAGCCUGCAACAUGUCCUAAAAUACAGCACUGCUAGAUGAGUACUAUUUGAUAUUUUUAAUAUAAGGUUAAAAUAAAAUAAAAUAAAAAACGUUGUAUUUUACUUCCUUUGAGGAGAAUUUCAAUAUACUGUAAUACUGAGGCUAAAUGUUAAUGUGAACUUUUCCCUUUUUUUUAGUAAAAUAAAAGUUACAAAACACUCA